AUGGUAACAAAUUGCAGAGUGUUAAGGGGAAAUUACGUAAGCAAGAUGAAACGGCUGGAAACUGAGUCCAACGGUGAUAUCAGUGCAUGCAAGAUUACUGAACAAACAUUUUGAUGGUUGAUGAAGGGAAGAAAUCUUGCAGAGAGGGAAAAGAAUGAGACCAUUUCCCACAAUGGCUGCAACGGAAAUUAUAAGAUCAAUGACGAAAUAAACAUAAUAAGACUUCGAUCACAUACGCCCGUAAAGCAACGAAAUUGAUCAAUUCUUGUUUGGUUUGUAUUUUCCGUCAGGUUCUCCAUGUUAUUUUAUAGCAGUUACCACUCUUUCACCGCUAAAGGCGUUGAGAACUCUCCUCUUGAACACCACACUGAACAUCCAAAGAACAAAUUUAGUUUCCAAAAUGAGCAGGUGGUGAUAUCUAAGUCUCUCUAGCCAUGUAAGACUUUCGACUGCAGAAGGGGGGUUUUCUAUAUUCAAGAAAAACAAAGUUGAAGCGUUUUCGGUCAAUAUCAUUUUGUUUUCUUUUCCUAUGGUGAUUUUCCAAUAUUUUAUGUGGCUUAUUUUUUCAUUUUUGCUUCAAAAGAAGCAUGGAGGUAAUUGUUUGUAUUCAGCUGGCUGUUUGCGGUGGUAACACUGUUUUUCCGCACACCACAGCCUACUCGUUUCAAAGCAAAUUUCAUUAAUUUUGAAGUUGUGUUUUCUCUUCAGUUCCUAAUCGAAUUCAUUUAGAGGAAAAAGUGAAAUCGAGCUAAGAUUUUCACGUGUAUUUUUCAGCCUUGCGCUUAUGUUUUUCGCCAAGUUAAAGAUUACCUCUACUCACUAACAUAUUUUGACGUACCAGCAAAUUGGCUCUCGCUAAUAAGUUCUGAAUUUAGGGAACACACGCGCGGCAAAGUAAUCAAUUUUUCUGUUAUGAAUAAACGGAAACUAGCAUACGGUAACCAGUUUACGUCCUAAACUCAGCUGAUAACAUUAAAUUAAAUUUGAAUCUCUUUCUUUAGUGCUGGAAGUUCAGAGAAGUGAGAAUUGCAGUAAAGAAGACAAUCAGAGCGUUUUGUUGUGGUUUGUAGUUCAAGAAUUCCUUUAUUUAUGAGAAUGGACCACGAUGUUCCUCAACAUUAGUAUAUUAUGUAUUUUUUUUCAUCUAAAAAGCAUUUGCUUAUCAUAAAGGAACCACAGAUAUGUUACCUUAAAACAAAAUGAGCAUGGCUAAGAAGGGCAAAGACACACAUGAGUCAGGAACUGAAAAGAAAACCUGACUUGCUAAGGAAGCUCUACAAAUUAUCGGCGAAAAAUAAUUCACAGAUUCUGUCAUUUAGUAUGUUAAAUAAAUGUGGCACCCCGCUCACUAAACAUGAUGAAAAUUCGAAGAAUAUGAAUAAAACACGAAAGAGUUCAAAACAAGUCUAAUUAUAGCUGUGACAUUUGUCGUCGGAAAAUCAGACCACAGGAGGAAUUUUUUAUCCAAUAGAAACUGUUAAAAUUCUCAACAAAACAAUAAUACUCUUAUAUCGAUUACGGAUCGCCCAAUAAACGUUCAUUUGCUGCUAAAAGAGGGAAAGACAGAGCCCCAAGUCUGAACGUGAGCGCCAAUGGCGACCCUCACAAGCCAGUUAUCUUCACAAUUACCAAUUGGAGUAGUAGCAUUUCUCCUCGCUUUCAACAUUGUCCUCUCCUUCACUGCAUCUCUUGGUAAUGCUCUGCUUCUAUUAACAUUUUAGAAAGUGUCCUCUUUGCAUCCCACUGCAAAGGUCUUGUUUGAAUGUCUAGCCGCUACCGAUCUUUGUGUGGGUCUUUUUUCACAACCUCUGUUCGUGACUGUGUUAUUUCUUUACAUUAAUCUUGGUAACACCGACAUAGAUAUUUUGUAUUACCUCGAAGAGGUUGUUUGUAUAUCCAACUAUGUUGUGUUUGGAGUGCCUGUACUGAUAUCAACAGCCAUCAGUGUUGACAGACUUCUUGUUCUGUUAUUGAGGCUGAGAUAUAUACACUAG